AACAAAGUCCACAGAACCAGUCUCUGUCGUCUCAACUCUUCCUCGCCAGGCAAGGCAGGCAGCCGAGAUCCCAAAGCAGCCCGAAAGACCCAGCCACUGCAUCAGCAGACCAGAGCACAGGAGGCACCCACCCACCAUACCAAAAGCUCGCACCCCCUUCCCUUCCCUGCUCCAACCCCAGGACCCCAGCCUCCACCCACCCCUCAAAAAGAAACGGGAAACACCCGCAGAUUCUCAGCCUGCGACCGAUGUUCCUUCUACCUCACUCCCAAACUCUCUCUCGCUAACCGAGAGACAGGGAACACUGAGCUUGAGUGCAGCGCAAGGCAGUUUGUGUGCGCAGCCAGGGUCAGGCGGAGCAGAGGAAGUGGAAUUCUGGAAAGCCUCCAAACGCAAGCAACCAAGCGCAGAGCACAAACACGGCGCCAGAGCCUGCCUGCAGGAAGUAGUACUACUACUAAUCUAGAAGAAUGCAGCAGCAGGGGGAAAGGGGCGCGGCGGCGGCUACUAGCACGAGGAGGCGCCUGACGGUGCCGAGGAGGACGGCCGCGGCGUCGGCGGCGUCGGUGUGGGAGACGCGGAUGAAGAUGGACGAGGUCAAGGGCGGCGUCAAGGUCUUCAGCGCCGCCGCCGACGACGCCGACGAGGAAGGCUUGCGGGUCUACAGCCGCCUGCGCCGGAACCAGAGCGACGCCGGCGGAGGCGCAGCCGCGGGUACUGGUACGGGCGCCGCUGCGGCGGCGGCGAAGAAGAGGAGGAACUGGAAGGCGUCGGAGCCGGUCACGGCGAUCGGGGACCUGCGCAAGUCGAGGUCCGACGCCGCGGCGGCGACGGGGAUGGUGACGGCCAGGCGGGCGGUGGCGACGGUCGCCGCGCCGGAGAAGAAGGUGGCGGCGGGCGUCGCCGAGGUCAAGGAGGUGGUGGUGGUGGAGGUGGAGAAGAAGAAGCCGCCGCCGCAGCAGCCCGAGAAUUUUGACGAGGAGACCGAGGAGGAAGAGGAGGAAUGGGAAGAAGAGCUGGAAGAAGAAGAGGAGGAGAAGGAGGUGCUAGAUCAAGAUCACAUGGCCAUUGACGACGAGGGAACUGUUCCGGCGACUGAUCUUCAUCAAGUGGAUGAACAAGAUCUCGAGCCACCGACAAAAAAAGGGGUAAAGCCUGUGGCAGCGGCCCUGGAAGAUGAGAGAGCGGCCAAUCCAGAGCCGGUGAAACUUGCUGCGUCGGUGAAUCUCAAGGCGAUGAACCCAGAGCCCAUCACCCCUCCUCCAGCGGAGAAGAAACCAACUCCGGUGAUAGUCCACCGCGUGACGAAUGCAGAGCCGACAAGACCUUCUCCAGAGAAGAAAUCAUCACCAGUAAACGGUCGCCGGAUUCCAAAGCAAGAGCCCCUCAAUACUCCUGAGGAAGAGUAUGAGGAGAUUCAGGGCAGGCCAUCAGGACCUAGCAGAACCAAUGGAAGAAUGCAGAACAUUGUGGAUUUGGUGAUGUGGAAAGAUGUGUCGAAAUCUGCAUUCGUGUUUGGAUUUGGUACUUUCUUGCUCAUCUCCUGCUCCUAUGCCAAAGACCUGAAUUUCAACACAAUAACAGCAGCUUCGUAUCUAGGCCUAGUCUACCUUGGCCUAAGGUUCCUUUGCAAGUCCAUACUCAACAGAGGUGAAAGUGUGGAGUGUGAUGAUGAGAAGGACAGUGGGAGGUACCACCACCACCUGGUAGGGGAGGAGGAUGCCAUCUGGCUGCUGAGGCUUGUGCUGCCCUACGUCAACGAGGUGCUCCUGAACCUCCGGUCUCUCUUCUCCGGUGAGCCUGCAACAACCAUGAAGCUGGCACUGCUGCUGUUUGCAAUGGCCCGGUGUGGCAACUUUGUCACCCUCUGGACGCUGGCCAAACUGGUGUUCUUUGGCAUCUUCAUCAUUCCAAAGGUCUGCUCCUCUUACUCCACGCAGCUCGCAAGAUAUGGCAAAUUCUGGCUGGAGAGGUUCAGAGAUGCAUGGGAGUCUUGCUCCCACAAGAAGGCGGUUGUCGCAGCCAUGUUCACUCUCGUCUGGAACGUCUCCUCCACGGUUGCUCGUGUCUGGGCUGUGUUCAUGCUGGUGGUAGCGAUGAAAUGCUACCAGCAGCGCAUGAUGGAGUUCGGCUGGAGCAGCUCCGUGGAGGAGGCCGGUGCCGAUGAAGCCGUUGAAGAUGACGGCUUGCAGCAGGAGCAGCAGAAGGAGAUGGCGUCUCCGGUGGCGAAACCUGGGUUCGUUUCGGUGCGGCAACGGCGAACGCCCGUCUCCGGGGAGUUCGCUAGGGAGAGGCUGAGGGCGAGAGGCGGCAUCCAGCCGAGGUGAUAGAUAGGUUUUAAAUUUAGGAGAUUGCCUUUUCUUCUUUUUUAUUUUUCUUGUGGUAGUUUUGCAAGGUGGGGGGCAACUGGAAACAACAGUUUGGGCUUUGUGUACACCGGGCAAUCUAGCCUGAUUGUUGCUCCUGUAACGCUGAAGGAUUUGGCAGUGGCAAAGCAAUAAUGAAAUCGAUCAAUAAGUAAAAAAUCACUGUACCUAA